AUGGUCGCCACCGCGGGCGCUCCGGACGUCCACGUCCCCGUCGUUUCCUCGCUCGAUGACGUCUACGGGUCGCCCACCGAGGAGACGCGCGAGAGGUACCGCGCCUUGGCGGACGCGUUCGAGCGCGCGUACGGUCGAGCGCCGAGUGGAUUCGCGCGCGCACCGGGGCGCGUGAACCUCAUCGGCGAGCACAUCGAUUACGAGGGGUACUCCGUGCUUCCAAUGGCGAUCGGACUCGACGCCGUCGUCGCGUACGGCGUGAACGAGACGUCUGGGAAGAUUCGAGUCGGGAACGCGAAUCCUGAGUACACCGAGAAGACGUUCGAGACGUCGCCCGGCCAAGACGUCGACACCUCGUCUCUUCACUGGACGAAUUACGUGAUGUGCGGGUACAAGGGGGUGUUUGACUUUUUGGAAGAGUCCGGGGGCAAAUCGGUGGAACCGGUCGGUUUGGACCUGAUGAUUGACGGCACAGUUCCGACGGGAAGCGGUUUGAGUUCGUCGUCGGCAUUAUGCUGCGCGUCAGCGUUGGCGGUCAUGUCCGCGCACGGACUGAGCUUCACCAAGGGUGAGAUCGCUGAUUUCACGUGUAAGUGCGAGAGGUAUUCGGGAACGCAAUCGGGUGGGAUGGAUCAGGCCAUCUCCAUAAUGGGCGAAGCAGGCGUUGCGAAGUUGGUCGACUUCAAUCCAAUCCAAACCAACGACGUGUACCUCCCGGAAAAUUGCGCCUUCGUCAUCGGUAACUGUCUCGCGGUCAGUAAUAAGGCCGAGACCGCGCACGAGCGUUAUAAUCUUCGGGUCGUCGAGUGUCGUUUGGCGGCGAUGGUUUUAGGAAGAAAGUUAGGCAUGAGCGACGAGGAAGUCGUCGAGACACAGACGCUUCAGGACAUCGAGAAGCGCGUGGGGAACAUGUCUUCGGCGAAAGCUGCGGCUGAAGAGUACCUUCACGAUGGAUAUUAUGAUGCGAGAGAGAUCGAAGAAAUCAUUGGGGUCGACGCGUUCUUGGACGUCUUCUCUUCUCCGGCUUCCAAGGCAGUCCUGAAUCACAAUGUGACGGGCUACAAGCUUCUCUCGCGCACCUUGCACGUGUACUCAGAAGCGGGUCGAGUUCACCUCUUCGCCGCAGCUUGCGCGAUGAAGGUUGAUCCGGCGGAGCUGGGGGUGUACAUGAAUGGCAGUCACGAAUCUUGCCGCGCCUUGUACGAGUGCUCUUGCCCGGAGUUGGACGAGCUCGUUGAUGCUUUCAGAGCGGCUGGUGCGCUUGGCGCUCGGCUCACUGGUGCCGGGUGGGGUGGCUGCGCCGUGGCACUCGUGUCCAUGGAUAAGGUGCAAGACGUCCUCAGUCAAGUGGGGAAGACGUACUACGCCUCUCGCAUCGCCAACGGAGUGAUCACCGAAGACGAUAUGAGCGCUGUUCUCUUCGCCACUCUUCCGAGUAAUGGCGCGGUGGUUCUGAAGACCACGUCUUUCGACUGA